CUUGUGGCGUAACUUACAUAUUUCCGCUCUCAUUCACUGUAGCACUUCCUUUAGGACCAUCGGUAGACGGGAACAAGGAAGCGAAAAAUGCUGGCCAUCAGAGCCCUUCGCCUUUUUGGCAAGCGUGCCAUCUCUGCAUCUGUGAGCGUACGUGGAGGACACGGUGUUGCUAAAGUUGAGGGCUACUCUCUCCCUGCCUACUUUGACAGCCGGGUCAGCCCCCUGCCAGAAGUGUCCUAUGUGCAGAACCUGAGUCCAGUGCAGAAGUCCCUGAAGGAGAAGGAGAAGGGUUCCUGGGCUGUACUCUCUAAUGAUGAAAAGCUUGCAUUGUACCGGAUCAGCUUCAAACAGAGCUUCACUGAGAUGAAUCAGGGAUCAUCAGAGUGGAAAUCUGUGCUCGGUGGGGUCUUGUUCUUCCUCGGCUUCACUGGCCUGGUUGUGAUAUGGCAGAGAAUGUAUGUGUAUGGACCAGUCCCACACACAUUCGAUCCAGAGUACAAACAGAAGGAGCUGCAGAGGAUGCUGGACAUGAGAAGCAAUCCAGUACAUGGCUUCUCAGCCAAGUGGGACUACGAAAACAAGCAGUGGAAAAAGUAAACAACCCAGGGGACCAUGCCACAUACUUGAAGAUAAAGGCAGAUCAACUCAGAGAUACAAGAAUAUAUUCUGUACUUACCAAUUGUCAACAUUACCUCAGUCUUUGCACUGUGGAAGACCACUUCCUCUUAAGGUUAUUGUGUGUGAUAAACAUACAAACUGAACUAUUAAACUGAUAAAACUAA